CUGUGAGGUCACAGUGCCAACAGCUCCCCUUGACCCAGGGAAGAUUCCACAUGGCACCUUCCAGGGAACGCUAGGAGGUGGCAGCAGGAGUAGCCAUUUCCUCCUCACUGACUCCCAGAGAGCCCUGCCACCAAUUCCCCAUCCUAGAAAGGACAUCGAUGCCCCGGUCCUCAAGGAGCCCUGGGAACUCAUGUGACCCACGCAGAAAUGUGGUCCACGUCCCCAAGGAGGUCAGAUCCAGGAGGGUCACCCAACGAGGCCGGAACACCCGCAGGAUGACAGAGGAGGAUUUGUCAAACACAAGUGACACCUUCCUGUUGCCUAUCCGCAUCAAUGCCUCAGGCCUGACCCAGUGCAUGCUGGGAUGUAUGUCCUGGAUCAGCCGCCUGGCUUGCUUCCUGAGGACUCAGGCCCACCAGGUUCUGUUCAACACCUGCAGAUGCAAUCUGUCCCUCUGCAAGCUCAUGGGAAAGACAGGUGUUCUGAUCCUCUGCGCUUUUGGAUUCUGGAUGUUUUCUAUGCACUUGCUGUCCAAAAUGGAUGUCUGGCAGAUUAGGUCAUCUGAAGAAGAUCCCUUGCUUUCCUCAACACCCCACCAGGAUGAGAGCAUAAAUGGUCCACUGCAGAGAUUGAGGAUGUACCAAGAAAAGGUGCAACAUCAUGCUGGGGAAAUCCAGGACCUCCGAGGUAACUUGAAUCAGCUCAUUGCCAAGCUCCAGAAGAUGGAAGCCAUGUCAGAUGAGCAAAAAAUGGCCCAGAAAAUAAUGAAGAUGAUCCAAGGCGAUUACACUGAAAAGCCGGACUUUGCCCUGAAGUCGAUAGGGGCCUCCAUCGACUACGAGCAAACGUCAGCCACAUACAACCACGACAAGGCUCGCUCUUACUGGAACUGGAUCCGGCUGUGGAACUAUGCACAGCCCCCGGACGUGAUCCUUGAGCCCAACAUGACACCUGGCAACUGCUGGGCCUUCUCGGGUGACAGAGGCCAGGUGACCAUCCAACUGGCCCAGAAGGUCUACCUGUCCAACCUGACACUGCAGCACAUCCCCAAGACCAUCUCACUGUCAGGCAGCCUGGACACUGCCCCCAAGGACUUCGUCAUCUAUGGCAUGGAAGUUUCCCCAAAGAAGGAGGUGUUCCUGGGAGCGUUCCAGUUUCAGCCAGAAAACAUCAUUCAGAUGUUCCAGCUCCAGAACCACCCUCCCAGGACUUUUGGAGCAGUCAAGAUGAAGAUAUCAAGCAACUGGGGGAACCCACGCUUCACCUGCCUAUACCGAGUGCGUGUGCACGGCUCUGUGACCCCACCCAGAGAGCAGCCUAACUAGAGGCCCCACUCCGAGAGAGAUUAAAGUUUAUUCUUCACGCCC